CCUUAUUUUGUGGGAUUGACUGAAGUCAAACAAUGUCUACUCCUCCUCUUGCUGGGACAGGGAUGCCUCCUGGUGCUUUCUCAGGACCACAGGCUCAAGCAGCCCGGGAAGUGAACACAGCUUCUCUCUGUCGCAUUGGCCAAGAGACUGUGCAGGAUAUUGUAUUUCGGACAAUGGAAAUCUUUCAGCUACUGAGAAAUAUGCAGCUACCAAAUGGUGUUACGUAUCAUACUGGGACAUACCAAGACAGAUUAGGAAAGCUACAAGAACAUCUCCGUCAACUAUCAAUACUCUUCAGGAAACUGAGAUUAGUGUAUGACAAAUGCAAUGAAAACUGUGCAGGGUUAGAUCCUGUUCCCAUAGAGCAACUUAUUCCAUAUAUUGAAGAGGAUGGAUCCAAGCAUGAUGAUCGUGGUGUUGCCAGCCAGCUUCGUUUUGCUAGUGAGGAGAGAAGGGAAAUCAUGGAAGUAAAUAAGAAACUGAAACAGAAGAAUCAGCAGCUGAAGCAAAUUAUGGAUCAAUUACGGAAUCUCAUUUGGGACAUAAAUGCCAUGUUGGCAAUGAGGAACUGAACUAUGAUACAAUUCAAGUAUUUUUUUCUAAUUAUGAAAAUGGACUUUAUUUGUUUUAAAGAAAACUUAAUUUCUUUUUUUCUGAAAGGCCAUGUAUUUUCCCCUCUCCUAAUACCAUUCCUAUACAAAACUUUAAUGUUUUUAAAUAGUUUCUUUUGUAAUAUUUAAAUGUAUGUUCUGUUUGUAUAUACAAUUCAUCAUAUAAUUUGUACAUACAAUAGACUUUGAUUUGUGUUUACCGCAAUAAGCUUUGUAACCUCUAGUCAUAUUUUUGGUAGCAUUUUUUAAAGCUGUCUUCAAUACUUGAGUUUGAAAUAAGUUUCUCAGUGUUUGAACAAAUAAAGCUUUUGUUUUAAAAAUAGUCAAUGCUCAAAUAUGUUCAGUUAUAUUUUCAGUAUUUUCACUGGUCUGUAGUGAACAGUGCUUACAUGGGAAA